CGGAACGCCAAGACAAAGAACAAGCUUACCAUUUGUUCCUGAUUCCUUCCCUUAAAUUAAAGGCGAAAGUUGCUUGUUCUCAUCAUAUACCAAGAUCUUCCCUUGGGGUUGGAGGGCCGUAAACAAUUUCCUUAUGACUGGAUCCAAGGCCUAUCUGACGUAUGCCAGUAGCGUGCAGGUCGGCGCACAGAGCGGGAUUCAGGAAUGCAAACACCAGUUCGCAUGGGACAGGUGGAACUGCCCGGAGAGCGCGCUCCAACUAUCCACUCACAAAGGCCUCCGCAGUGCCACGAGAGAGACCUCUUUUGUACACGCGAUCAGUGCAGCAGGUGUCAUGUACACACUGACUCGCAACUGUAGUCUUGGGGAUCUGGACAACUGUGGCUGCGACGGCUCAAGGAACGGUAAAAUUGGGGGCCGCGGGUGGCUGUGGGGUGGCUGCAGUGAUAACGUGGAUUUCGGGGAGAGGAUAUCCAAACAGUACGUGGAUGCACUCGAGACGGGUCAGGACUCCCGGGCUGCGGUCAACCUUCAUAACAACGAGGCUGGUAGACUGGCGGUAAAAUCCACCAUGAAGCGAGUCUGUAGGUGCCAUGGAAUGUCUGAGAGCUGCUCGGUCCAGACCUGCUGGAUGCAGUUGUCUGACUUCAGAGACAUCGGCAACUACCUCAAAGUCAAACACGACCAGGCGCAAAAACUGGAGAUGGACAAAAGGCGGGUGAGGUCGGGCAACAGCGCGGAUAACAGGGGUGCCAUCGCCGACGCUUUCAGCAGCAUCGCCCGGACGGAGCUCAUUUACCUGGAGGAAUCUCCAGACUACUGCGGUCGGAACGUCAGCUUGGGCCUUCACGGUACGGAGGGCAGGGAGUGCCUGCAUCACAGUGAUGGCUUGAACCAAUGGGAGAGGAGAAGCUGCCGCCGGUUGUGCCAUGAGUGCGGCCUACGGGUGGAGGAGAGAAGGACGGAGAUAGUCAGUAGCUGUAACUGUAUAUUUCAAUGGUGCUGCACGGUUAAGUGUGAUAACUGCUCACAGGUGAUAGUAAAACACGUGUGUGCUAGAAGAGAGGGUGGCCAUGGACAAAACAACAGACGGAGAUACCGAGGACCCAAAUAACCGAAGAGGCCAAUGAUAGCUUUAUGUAUACAUCAUUAUGAUGGACGUUGUAAAAUCACGAGCUUGUUUGUGUCACUUGUCAUCAAAGCUAUUUCUAUUCACAAAUACUUUCCUCCACCUUUACGUGUUGUGAAUUAUUUGUUCUGCACUUCCCCCUAC